UGGUCAUAAAGAUGAAUGAUAAACACAACCAGUUAGCCUAAUGUAACAGGUUGAAGGUUGUAGCCACUACGCCACCUUGUUUAACAAGGUGAGGUCCUCGGAUAAAUACAUAUACUACUAAACAUUUACCAAACACAGGUUCUGCACACAUCAGGGGUGGAGCAUGGAAAUGAUAAGACAUAUUGCACAUAUCAAACAUGAUCUUCAGCGCUAUCGCUCAAAACAACAAUAGUUAGAUUCUAUAAAAAUGUGAAAAUUGCAUAGUUGAGGAAGGAAUGCUCAGGAAGACCGAGAGAGGAUCUGGAGGGAGAUGGGCACUACUACUCUCUUCACUGCCUCAGCAUAUGACACCUUCUGUACUACUCUGAUCUUGGCAACCUCAACCUGCCUUUCUCUCACCGGACAUUUCUGAUGUCCACUACCAUGGGUUAAAACACACUUAUUCGAUCGAUACUACACCUUCCUUUGUCUCAUGCCCUCUUACACACUUCUCACAUCUAGAAAUAUCCCUCUUACACACUGCUGCAACAUGACACCUAAAACACCGUAAUGGGUUUGGGACCAAAGCUCUAUAUGGGAUAACUGACACAUCCUAACUUGACCUUGUCAGGUUGAUUCUGCAUCAAAACUCAGGACAGACAGUGUCUUCUCUGUUUUACCACGCUCUCCACCGGGUCUGCGUCACACCAAAAGGCGGGUGUCAGACACCGGGAAUCUUCCAUUUCAGUUGAUCCUCCUUAACACCACCCCAGUUAUCACUCCUUUCAACUGGGUCCUGCUCCGGAGAGCAAAGCAAGUCCGUUUUUUUGGCACGUGAUGCUGAGCACCCGCUCCCUCUGGAGGGAAGAAACAAAGAAUCAUCACGAGUCCACUUCGAGUUACUUUCACCGAGUCAACAGUCCCCAACCUCUCCAUCACCCAACCUGACACCACAUAUGGAUCAGCCAGAUGGAAAGGAUCCAUUCUCUCCAAAAAUCUCCCUCCCACUGGGCCAAAAAGCAUCUUUAUCAUCAUCGGGAUGAGGCUCGAACUCCGGUCUUCACCUCACCUGCCACCGCAGGUGUUGAUGAACAGUUGUCGGUCAUGCUCCUCUGGUAUCGUCCCCAAUGAAAGAAUCCGCAACAUCGGAAUCUCGGCGCACAUCGACUCGGGGAAGACCACACUCACGGAGCGGGUCCUCUUCUACACAGGCAGGAUAGCAGAGAUCCAUGAGGUAAAGGGAAAGGAUGGUGUCGGGGCCACCAUGGACUCGAUGGAGCUGGAGAGGCAGAGAGGCAUCACCAUCCAGUCAGCUGCCACAUACACCAUCUAUAAGGAUUACAACAUCAACAUCAUCGACACCCCAGGCCAUGUGGACUUCACCAUCGAGGUGGAGCGAGCCCUGCGUGUUUUGGACGGGGCGAUCCUGGUCCUAUGUGCAGUUGGAGGGGUCCAGUGCCAGACCCUGACCGUGAACAGACAGAUGAAACGCUACAACGUUCCCUUCCUCACCUUCAUCAACAAGCUGGACCGCAUGGGAGCCAACCCCAACCGCGCCCUGCAGGCCAUGAGGACCAAGCUGAACCACAACGCAGCCUUUGUGAACAUCCCCAUCGGUCUGGAGGGGAACAUGAAGGGCAUCAUAGAUCUCGUAGAGGAGCGCAGCAUGUACUUCGAGGGCCCAUUCGGACAGAAUAUUCGGUUAGAUGAGAUCCCGGCGGAGUUCCGUGUGGAGGCUGCAGACAGGAGACAGGAGCUGGUGGAGUGUGUGGCUAACGCUGACGAGACCCUGGGAGAGAUGUUCCUGGAGGAGAGGAUCCCCACCGUGCCAGAACUAAAGACAGCCAUACGCAGGGCCACAGUGCAGCGGCUCUUCAGCCCGGUGCUGGUGGGAACUGCACUGAAGAACAAGGGGGUCCAGCCUCUAUUGAACGCAGUGCUGGAUUAUCUGCCCAACCCCACAGAGAUCAACAACUACGCCCUCUUCAACGAUGAGGAGUCCAGUGACAGUACUAAGAUCCUGAUGGAUCCCACCAGAGAUGCCUCGCAGCCGUUCGUUGGCCUGGCCUUCAAACUGGAGGCGGGUCGGUUUGGUCAGCUGACGUACGUGCGUGUGUACCAGGGCUGUCUGAAGAAGACCGAGUACAUCAUCAAUACACGCACUGGCAAGAAGGUCCGUGUGCAGAGGCUAGUGCGUCUCCAUGCCGACCAGAUGGAGGAUGUGGAGGAGGUGUAUGCAGGGGACAUCUGUGCCCUUUUUGGGAUCGAUUGUGCCAGCGGAGACACCUUCACCUCCCGGACCAGCGCCAACCUCUCCAUGGAGUCCAUCCACAUUCCAGAGGCUGUCAUCUCCAUGUCUAUGAAGCCGUCCAACAAGAAUGACAUGGAUAAGUUCUCUAAAGGCAUCAACCGCUUCACCCGAGAAGACCCCACGUUCAGGGUCCACUUUGACACAGAAAGCAAGGAGACUAUCAUCUCUGGUAUGGGAGAGCUGCACCUGGAGAUCUACUCACAGAGGAUGGAGAGGGAGUAUAACUGCCCCUGUGCGAUGGGAAAACCAAAGGUAGCCUUCAGGGAGAGCGUGACCAGUGCGGUACCGUUUGACUUCACCCAUAAGAAGCAGUCUGGUGGUUCUGGGCAGUACGGUAAAGUGAUAGGAGUUCUGGAACCUCUGGACCAAGAGAACUACACAAAAGUGGAGUUUGAAGACCAGACUGUCGGAACCAACAUCCCCAAACAGUUUGUGCCGGCUGUUGAGAAGGGAUUCAGAGAGGCCUGUGAGAAAGGCCCUCUGACUGGUCACAAGAUCUCAGGUGUCAAGUUCCUAUUGGAAGACGGAGCGAAUCACAUGGUGGACUCGAAUGAGAUCUCCUUCAUCCGUGCAGGGGAAGGUGCUCUUAAACAAGCCAUGGAGAAGGCUAACGUUGCCGUGCUGGAGCCAAUCAUGUCAGUAGAAAUUGUGGCGCCCGAUGAGUUCCAAGGGACAGUCAUCGCCGGGGUCAACCGUCGCCAUGGCGUCAUCAGUGGGCAGGAUGGGGCGGAGGGCUACUUUACGCUGUAUGCUGAUAUUCCACUGAAUGACAUGUUUGGUUAUGCCACAGAGCUCCGGUCCUGUACAGAGGGGAAAGGAGAGUACACCAUGGAUUACAGCAGAUACCAGCCCUGUCUGCCUGGCACUCAGGAGGAGCUCAUCAACAAAUACCUGGAGUCAACAGGACAGCUGCCUGCCAAGAAGGAGAAGGGGAAGUGGAAGAACUGAGCGUGGACCACACACACACAAUCACUGAAUUGUAAACACAUUGCAGUACUGCAAUGGAAUGCUUGACAAACACAAACCGCGCUCAACCAACUGUAAACAUACUGGGCCCUGCCUUACCAAGGUGGGUGUUUUAUAUCGUAUGUUCAUUCAAAAUGCUACAAAUGGUCAGACAGAUGACCAAGUGAAUUCCCUUGAUUCACCCUCGUUUUCCGUCAUACUCUCAUCCUAAAGUAUCUAUUUUAUUGCGGAGUUUAUUUCCAUUCGGCCUCUGCUCUCCAGCAAACAGUCUUGUCCCACAGCCAAGCAGUUAUUAUGAAGACUUGAGGCGAGCUCAAAGUUUGGACUUCAACUUGAGCAUGUAUAUUACCUGGUUUUGUACUAUGUACAGCAUGUUGUUAUAAUGAUGAUGAUGAUUAAAUAAGAUUGAUCUAAUACAGUGGUUCCCAAAGUUUUUAUAGUCCCAUACACCUUCAAACAUUCAACCUCCAGCUGCAUACCCCCUCUAGCACCAGCGUCAGCGCACUCUCAAAUGUUGUUUUUUUUGCCAUCAUUGUAAGCCUGCCACACAAACACUAUACGAUACAUGUAUUAUUAAACAUAAGAAUGAGUGUGAGUUGUCACAACCUGGCAUGUGAGAAAUAGCUCUUAUAGGACCAGGGCACAAA